AUGGGUCCUACAAAGGGUCAAACAUCAAACUCCGCGCCUCGGCGUAGUCGCGCAUCGGCUGCUUGCACAGGCUGCCGACAGAAGAGGAAAAAGUGUGUCACCCAGCCCGACGAGACCGCUUGCGAUCACUGCAAGGACAGCGGCUUGCCGUGUGUCUUUCUCGGUGAUGAUGAGCGUAGAAAGCCUCGAUCUCGACAUUUCACACAAUCAUUACUCGAGCACAUUGAACUCCUUGAAUCACGGCUGAAAGAAGUGGAAAGAGAAUCUCCACGCCAAUUGGACCCUUCCCUUCCUCACCCCCAGAGGCAAACACUGUCACAAGAGUCUCUUCAGCCUAGUAUUCUCCCUUUUGGUUCGGACCUGCAUGUGGCAACUGGACCGGAUGGAACUGAAGUCCCUGGAGUUCCCGUGCCAUCCCACUCAAGCGGGCAGGCAUCGAGCUUAACACCGGGUACUAAUGUACUAUCAGCUGAUGAGUAUUCCAUGCUUGAUGUAAGCUCCUCGGAUCGAGGCCAAGUCCGCGCCAGUGCACCCUCCCUCCAUUCGCUUCUCUUCACAACGUCUCGACUACAAUAUAGUAGCACCACAGGGCAGCUGUCAUACCUUGGCCCUGUGGAGAGACUCCAACAUUAUGGCGAUGGUUCUAUGCAGUCUCCAGGUACUCCUCCAGGCUCGUGGCAUAUGCAAAGACGACUCAGUCAUAUCAUCAGCGAGCUGGACCAGGAGACGUAUGAUUAUCUGAUGACCUGCUUCUGGUCCUCCUACAAUGACCACCUAAACAUUGUUGACCAGGAUGCGUUUCAACAACACGAGAUCGAGGAUGGCGACCAAUUGCACUAUUCAAUCUUUUUACACCUGUGUUGCCUGGCUAUGGGCUUCACAUUUGCGGACAAGUCCCGACCGGAUAUCCAAGCCCUGGUUAGAGGAAACAGAGAUAGCAUCUUCCAUGGAAAUGCUCGCUAUAUGGUCGAACCUGAACUGAAGAAACCCCACCGCCUGUCAACCAUUCAGUCUCUCCUUCUUCUCAGCCAUCUGGAGUGUGCUGGGGGCAACGAUAGGAUGAGUUGGAUGUAUGCUGGUCUUGCUUGUCGGUUUGCAUUCGAGAUAGGGUUGACACUAGAUCAUUCGAAGUCGAGUAUACCUCAACGGGAAAUCGAAAACCGUCAGUCACUUCUUCAGGCAUGUGUGUUCUAUGACAGGAUGUGGGCUACGAUCUCGGGGCACCCUAUCGUCAUCGACCGAUCUGAUUUGCUGUUCACCAAGCCGAGUUACAAGUCCUCAGAAUCACAGGAUUCCACCUCUCCUCCCAGAGUGCAUCAAUCUGGACAGGUCGACAAGCAAUCAUGUGACGCCCUCUGGAAACUGAUGGAGCUGGCAACCAAAGUACCUAGGCACGCCAACCUAGUAGCUCCUAAUCAGACUUACGGAGGAGAUCCCUCUCAUUUGCUGGCAACAGCCACUUUACAUGAAGAACUCCAGUUCUGGCAAAAGGAACUUCCGGCUCGACUAAAAUGGAACCUAGAGCAUAAUCCUAAACUGUCACUAUCAUGUCUCUUUUUACAUCUCUUCUUCCAUCAUACCAUUCUCCGCCUGUACUGUCCCUUCAUCCGGAUAAGCCCGCUGACCUCACCCGAAGAUCCGGGGGAAAGUGGGAUACGUCGAACAGACUCGCCAUUCCAAUCGUUGUCUCGGAAAAUUUGCAUCGACAGUGCGCAGAUACUAGCCGAAGUCUUGCAUGCAUAUUGCACAGGAUAUGGGAACAAUUGCCUAGAUGUCUUCGUUCCCCACCUGACUACCCUCGCUUUGCCAGUGUUGCUAGCGAAUGAUUGCGGCGAUCUUGGAUUUUCACAAACAGGUCCAGGAUCACCGCAUACCAAAAAGCUUGUGGCGUCUUUCCAGAAGAUGGCCCCCUACCAACAAUUCGCAGCAAAUCUAGUCGAGAUCGUUGAUCACUUGUCUCUUCAGACCUGAACCAGUAUCUGACUGGAAGGAGUACUCUCUUGUGAACUAUCAGAUGUCUAGGGAGAUAUUGUAGCCAGAUACGCACUGUUUGUAUCAUUAAAGCACAGUACGAGUAGGCACCUAUGGUGAUAAUCAUCGAAACUAAGACCCGGAACUGAACCCCGCCGAAUCGUGGUUUACAGGAGCCUACGAGCGAAGAUAUAGGGACCAUAUGAGAGUUUAAAGAUAUGAUUCCACUACGUGGGGUGCUGGGAUCAGGAUCACAUGGGGAUAUACUCAGGUCUGAGGGCGAGCAUAGAUAGGC